AAUUUAGUCUGUUCUCUGCAUUGGUAUAGUGUGGUUCAUAGUGAUCGCAAUUAGGGCUCCGUCAGUGAACAUGUCUUAAAUAAAUUAUUCCGCGUAUUAAUUACCACUUGCAUUUAAUAUAAAAUGUUAUAAACGAAUCUAACGUUCGGUUAUGCAAACAUCCGCGAAUUGUUCGCUAAUUAUUUGCCGCUUUUACGUAAAAGUUAAACAAGUUUUUUUUUAUUAUUGUGUUCGCUCGUCCUUGGUAGGUAACAACCGACGUAUUGAUAAUGAAAAAUAUACACAAUUUUACACGUAACCUUGUAUUUUGAUCUACCUAGUUUUUGAACUACAAAAAAAAAGUUUAAAAAAGAUGGUUGCUCAGUGCUAGUAUUCUCGCAUCAGUGGUGUGGCGCAUUCGAAUCAAGAAAGUGUAAUAAUAAAAUAAUCAUGAAGAAGUUUUGCAAUAAAAUUACAAAUCAACAAUGGCGUGUAACAGUACCGAACAUCACUUUUAGAAAAUCAUUGACGCACCUUGGUUCUGGCGAUAAAAUCAACAGAAUUUCAAGCGGAAGUUAUGAUGUGCAAGCGGCACAAGAAGAGUUUGAUGCCAAGGGUACCAUAAACGCUGAAACAGUAUGCCUAAGUUCAGAUUCAGAAGAACACUACGAGGAUGCCAAUAAAGAUUCGGAAAUUUACACAGAAGUAAUCAAAGUAUCAAAGAACCUAACCGAAUCUAACAAUAAGUAUGAAUAUGAUGUGCCAAGAAUUUGUUUUUCGUUCUUCGAAGGCAAACGCAUUGAAAAUGAAGACUACGAUAUCGUGAAAUGCGAGUCUAUUAAACACAAGAGUGAAGUUAAAAUUGUCCUCACACCUCCGAUUCCAUCAUCGAGCGAAGAGUCAUUGACAAUAAAAAAAUCAGACAGUGAUCCAAAUUUAUCCCAUUACGAAGAUGAUGUCGACGACGGUUUCUAUAAAGUUCCUAAAAAAAUCAAAGAAAAUAGAUUAUCCAAGUCUUUACAUGACUUUAAAUGCGAGGAACUUGCUAAAUCCCAUGAAAGCAUCGAACAUAUUUCAUGCAGUCAAGUUAUCAACACUUCCCAGAAUUCCCUAGGCUCUGAUUGUAGUAAACCCAAGAUGAAGAGGGGCAGUUUACUAAACCUCCAGAAAAGUAGAGCCGUAGAUACAUGGUCGAAUUUCAAAACAAAGUUUAAUAAAAUUAUUGAAGAACAUUCUACGCACCAAAAAGUAGGAUCAUUUCCUGAUAAAGAGAAAAUCGCUUUAAACAUAGAAGAGAUGUAUAAAAAUUCAAGAGAAAAAUGUAAGAAAAUGUUGAAAAGUACCGGCAAAAUGUUUAAAGCAAAAAGGGACCAAGAUAAGGAACAAGUAUCGGAAAACUCGUCGCAGAUUGUUAAAAACGAUGCGUUCUUUGCCAAAGUCGAGUUAAAAGCCAGUGACAUUGAAUAUGUUUUUGAACAAAUGCCAGAAAAGGACAAGCGGCCGGAGCAUAAAUUUAGUGAAGUGAAAAUUGAACCUUCUGAAAAUGAAGGAAAACUCACCAAAUUGGGAUUCAGAAAGAGUAAACAAUAUUUAGAGGGACAAAAUGGUUUUGAAGAUCUAAGGCGGUAUAUUAAACAAGGGGGAGAUUUUUGUAAAGAAUUGUCAUAUAUUCUGCAGGAACGCUCAGAAGCUGAGAUUCAGUAUUCGAAAAGUUUAUCGAAACUCAGCGGGAAAUUGUCCCGAAUUUGCCGUGAAGGUGUUGGUGGGUUGAACGAAGCAUGGAAGAGUAUAGCUUUAGAAUUGGAGACUAGGGCGGAAGCACACUGGCAGAUUGGAAACAGUCUACUGGAGGAAACGGCGAAACCUUUGAGAAAUCUCACAGAAAAUCAGCACAAAUCUAGAAAAAGUGGAGAAACUGUUGUUGAUAAAUCUGCUAAAACUUUGGCGGACUGGAGAGCAGCUGAAGCCAAAAGCAAGAAGCACAGCCAUGCUUGCGCCAGGGAUAACGAAAAGUUACAGGACGUAAUGAUAGAAAAUAGACUAUCCAGAAGCACAAGUGUAAUACAGCUUCCAAAUAUAAAUAAGCACAAUACAGAUAAAGACAAUGCAAAGCUUGAGGGAAAGAAAAGAAAGGCGGAAGAGGCGGUCAAGAAAGCAGACAUAGAAUAUUAUUCGCAUUGUGUCGGAUCUGAGAGAGCAAGACUAGAAUGGGAAUCGGCUGUAUCCCGUGGCGCUAUCACCUUUCAAGCUCUCGAAGAAGAAAGACUCAACAACCUCAAAUCGAUCUUAUCGUGUUAUCUCAAUCAUAGUACUACCCUAACGCCCAAACUCACAGAUAUUACAAAUAAAAUUCGUGGACCAAUUGAGAGUGCAGAAGCGUCGAAAGAUUUAUCAACCUUUCUAAGCUUAAGACAGUCUUCACAACAAACAGCAGAACAAUUGCUGCCCGAUUUUUACUGUGAACACAUUACACUAGCGAUGAACAGAGAAAGGCGGAAACAGGCGCUUAUUAAAUUACUACAAUCGAUACAAUCGGAUAUAGAACGUGAGACGAAGUCCAAAGAUGGUCUCGAGAAUCUCUCGAAAGCCAUCAGGCAUCAGCCCAAUUUUGGGUCGGAGGAUUCUCAGCAAACAGUAAAUGAAAAAUUGUAUCACAUGAAAUCUAUGCUGCAAUAUUUAGAAGGGGCAAAGUAUAAAGUUCACAAUGCAUUGGCGGAAUUGGAUUGCAAACCGCGAGAUGUUCAUCCUCUGGCUGCUCACAUAACAGUAACCAGGGAUAAGGCUGGAUUGCAACAGAGCAUUUUGAAGGUGCCCCAAUAUUUGCGGGAACAAUGGAUAACCGCGGACAAAAGCCAGGUCUGCGAGAAACGUGACGAUUUGGAUUCGGAUACCGAGUCGAAUUGGAUUGACAGAGGAACGGCUGAUGGGAAUUCUAAUCAACCAGACUCCGAUUUCGAUGAAUUCUCGUCGCAAGGCAGCAGCAUUUGUGAAGGGAUCUGCAACACGGAAGAGACUCCUGUACAGCCGAUAGCUCAAUGCAAAGCGAUUUAUUCUUACACUCCAAAUUUGGCUGAUGAAUUGGCCAUUAGACCCGGGGACAUGGUUUCCGUCUAUAGGAAGCAAGAAGACGGAUGGUGGUUGGGCGAGUGCAACGGUUCAGUGGGCAUUUUUCCCGCGACAUACGUUGAAACGAUGAAAUGAAAUUACCAAAAAACAAAUAAUUUUGCAGUACUAAACAGAGGAUAUAAAUUAUACUUAUAUGUGAUACUAUUUAAAAUUAUAUAAAGAUAUUUUAUGUAUGUGCGUGUGUCUGUGUAAGUGUGUGCAUGAAAGAUAAUAAGUAAUAAAUGUAAAUAUUUUUAA